UUUAUUUAAAAUAAUUCUCUUUCGGUUUAAGUUUUGGUCUUUCCGCAGCAUUGUUUACUACAAAAAGAACAAUAGUAAGCAAAAACCGUUUACAAGACAAAUUUUAUUUUAUUUGCAGUAAUUUUCAUUGUGCUUUGCUUGUGACAUAAAUUUAAUAUGAAUAUGUUGCAUAGCUUCGGGGGAUGUGAUGGAGAUGCUGAACUUAAAGAGCGUUUGAUAGCUAACGUGAAGAAAGAAGUGAAACAAUUAAUGGAAGAGGCCGUAACUAAACAUUAUGUGCAUGAAGAGAGCAGUUCCGUGACGUCGUUAUGUGGCGCUGUGGAAGCUUCUUUAAGUCAUGGUCUUCGACGAAGAGCUUUAGGUCUGUUUAAAACUUCCUCUACGACGGCUUUGAUACAGAAAAUUUCCAAAAAUUGUCCGGAAGCAGAUUAUAUAAGUCGCCGCUUGUUAGAUUUUGAAAUUACAACUGAAAGCUGUGUAGUGGCGGGUAAACGUUCCUGCUCGAGUAGCGAUAGCAUUAUUAAACCAAAAUUGCUAAACAAAGGUUUUAGCAGCAAUUCGGUAACAACGAUCAACGCUGUGUCCGGCACAUCGACUUCACAGACGGGUGUAAAAUACUUGUGGAUACGGAUGGCCUUGUACGAAAAACGUUUAUCGAAGAUAAUUGAGCAUUUAGUUAGUAAUGCUAGCAGUUACUAUGAUCGCGACGCUUUGGUGGCUGACACUGAUUACGGUUCUAUAUUAAGUUCAUUGCUGGUAGGUCCAUGCGCUUUGGAAUUCACCAAAGCUAAAACAGUUGAUCAUUAUUGGUCAGAUCCUCCAGCCGAUGAAUUGAUUCAAAGGCAUCGCAUAAGUUCGGGCAAUCGUACCCCGCCUACUUGUCAUCGUCCUUUGAUAAACUUUAAGCGUAGCUUACACACGAGUUCAGAAGAUACUAGCAGUAGUUCAUAUAAAGUAAGUUCACCAGCCACUGUAGCUAAAGAUUAUGUGGAAUCCCUGCAUCAAAAUACCCGGACUACUUUACUGUAUGGUAAAAACAAUGUCCUUGUUCUACCAAAGGAUCUCAACGAACCUCUUCCCGGUUAUUUAAGUCUUCAUCAAACCAUACAGUCGCUAACGAUUAAAUGGACCCCAAAUCAGCUAAUGAACGGUUACAGUGACAGUGAUGCUAACGAUUUGAACAUUUAUUGGGCAUAUGCUCUAAACAUCAAUGUUGACGAAAUCGUUUAUGUGCAUUGCCAUCAGAAUCGUGGCGACGAUACAGGUGGUAUUAUAAUACUAGUAGGGCAAGACGGCGUGCAACGACCGCCUAUAAAUUUUCCAGAAGGGGGUCAUAUGCAAGCAUUUUUAAGUUGUUUAGAGACCGGUCUUUUACCGCAUGGUCAAUUAGAUCCACCACUAUGGUCCCAGCGAAGUACUGGGAAAAUGUUUCCUUGGACAAAAAGUGUAAGAAGAACAAUUUUACCGUCGGUAAUGGAAACCGCAGUUGAAACACCUAUUGAUUAUGUCUUCCGGGUCGUUGGUAAAAGUCAGCAUGAAGAGUUCGUCGCUAUACAUUCCAUUUUAGAGCUGGGAUGUACUAGUCCACGACGUAAACAUUUAAGCAGCUGUUCAACAACGGGGAGCAGCGAUUGUUCGAGUAAAAGUCUAUCAAUGGAACAAAGUGUGACUGAUACACCUUUGAUACAUAUAACUCAAACGACCAGCAUAGAAUUGGUUUGUUCUACAAUGAGACGUCAAAUUAUUUCGAGAGCAUUUUAUGGUUGGUUAGCAUAUUGUAGACAUUUGUCUACAGUACGUACUCAUUUAUCAGGCUUAGUGCACGGGUUCAUAACACCGAGUUUGGCUGCUGAUGGAUUUGGCUUGACUCAAGAAAAAUGGGAAACCAUGCAUGAAAAUGGUGUCAUAACUAAUCAAGAUGAGGUAAAUCGUUUAGUGUAUUUUGGUGGUGUGGUUCAUGAAUUACGUCAGGAAGUUUGGCCGUAUCUUUUAGGCCAUUACAGCUUUGGUUCGACAACUGAAGAGCGUACAAAAGUUGACAAUAUUACUAAGCAUUAUUAUGAAACGACAAUGAGUGAAUGGUUGGCUGUAGAGGCUAUAGUUCGUCAACGUGAGAAAGAGCAAAAUGCCAACGCGUUAGCGAAAAUAUCAUUAGAAAACAAAUAUAACAAUUCAAGCCUGCCGAACAAAUUUACCUGCGAGUCUACAGAAAAACAAAAUUACAAUAUCGAUUUGGAUAAUGACGUCUUUGAUGACCGCGAUAAUUCUGAUUUUUCGGAUACAGGUAUAGAAUUUGAUGACGACGUCGUAAGCGAUAUUGGAAACUGUGGGGAUGGAGGGGAAAAUGGUACAAGCAUUCCAUGUAAUGGUGAAAAAUUACGAACAAGAUUUGAGAAUGAAAGUAGUGUGGAAAUCCUGGAAAAUGGUGUAGAUACGUUUAAUGAUAAAAAUAAGAAAGGCUCCAUCGACCUUAAAAAAGAAGAACAAGUAAGUUCUGCGGAAAGAGAGCGGUCAUUUCAAAAAGCUAUUUUAAGUUUUGAAAAUCUUGACCCCGUGGAGUCUUUAGUUUUGCAAGAUAAUUGCUUUGCUGAAACGGAACUAGAAAUGGUGUGUACCCCCGACCAAAGUGGUUUGCUUUUGUUAAGCAUAAAAAGUUCUCCUUCUACUUCUUCUUAUGAGACUGUCGGAAAUGAAUUUGUUGAUGCAAUAAAUAGUACCGCCAAUGUAGAGACGGAAGAAAUCUCACAGGACGAUGCAGAAGGAGUACCCGAAGAUAAUGACCGUAAAUAUCAUAGCGUAGAUGAUGUACGGUAUGGUAAUAGCGCAUAUAACAGAAAACUUACACAUGCGGUGAUUAUAACGCAAGCUGCGUCAAAUGAUACCUUAGAAUGCAUGACUGAUGAGCAAACUGAAAAUACGUCACGUAAAACCAGUUUGACUUCACCGAUCAACGAGGAUAUAACUGUAGUAGCAUCUCUUGAGGCACUAAAAGAGCCCAAAUCAGCUUGCGUAUCACCGGCCAGUUCCAAUGGCGGUGUGUAUAGUUUCGAAUUUUUAGAGAAUUUUGCUUUAAAUUUACAUCGUAUUGAGAAGGAUGUACAACGUUGUGAUCGAAAUUAUUGGUAUUUUGCUAAUGAGAAUUUGGAUAAGCUAAGAAAUGUAAUAACUACUUACGUCUGGGAGCAUUUAGAAGUAGGUUAUAUGCAAGGCAUGUGCGAUUUAUUGGCCCCGUUACUGGUUAUAUUCGAUGAUGAAGCUUUAACCUAUGGUUGUUUUUGUAAAUUAAUGGAAAGAAUGAUUGAAAAUUUUCCCAAUGGCCGUGCAAUGGAUAUGCACUUUGCUAACAUGAGAUCCCUUAUACAAAUAUUGGACUCAGAAAUGUACGAUUUGAUGGAUUCAAAUGGUGAUUAUACACACUUCUACUUUUGCUAUCGUUGGUUUUUGUUGGAUUUUAAACGUGAACUGAUUUACGACGAUAUUUUUGCUGCUUGGGAAGUGAUCUGGGCUGCUAAACAUGUAGCUUCCAGUCAUUUUGUAUUAUUUUUGGCUUUGGCUCUUCUUGAAACUUAUCGUGACAUAAUAUUAUCGAAUAGCAUGGAUUUUACUGAUGUCAUCAAGUUUUUCAAUGAAACGGCUGAGAGACACAAUGCAGUUGCAGUAUUGCAACUGGCCCGCAGUUUGGUAUUACAAUUGCAAACGAUAAUUGAAAAUAAAUAAAAGUGAGACCAGAAAUCGAAACCAAAAUAUACCGCAUAGACGUUUUUAAUACCAUAUUAACCAUAGCGACCAUAGUAGAUAUAGUUGCAUAGCAGCUCACAGAAUUUAUAAAGAAAUUUAUCUCAUAAAACAAAACAAAUUUGUUUUUUAUUAAUCUUGUAAACGAGCUCAAAAAUUGUAUUAAAAACGCAGGUAGAUAAUACACAAGACAUCUCAUAAAGAGCUUAUAAUAGAUGGUAUGAAAUAGUGUUCGUUAGAAAAGGGGUUUUUGUUAGCACUCGCUGACAAUAAAAUAUUUUCCGAACCAGAGAGCCAAAGAUAAGAUAGAACAAGUAAGAGAAUUAUAUUUGGUCGUGACCGAAUCUUUUAUACGCAUCACCGUUAU